GAAAAGUAAAUCGAUUCAUUUCAAAUCAAUCUAACACGAAACCAUUUGGCAUUCAAUAUUGCGUGCUGGUAGGUGAUGCAUGUAUCAGUGCUGGUAUCAGUGUAUGGUAUGAUACUUGGAGGAACCGGAUCUGCAGGCUUAUGAUGUAUUGACUGUCGUUAUUGUUUACACUCGGACAGAUACUGUUUCGAUUUUUUUAAUCAAACGAGAAGAUAUCUCGACCAUUCUAAUAAUCUGGUCCUCAGUCGAAUUGAGCUAGAGAAAGAAGACACUGUUGAUUCUUUGUAUCAAACGAGAGGAUAUCUCGACCAUCCUAAUAAUCUGGUCCUCAGUCGAAUUGAGCUGGAGAAAGAGGAUUGUAGUAAGAGGGGAUAAAAAUGGAAGCACAAUCACGGACUUGCUGGUCACUGAAAUGCUCUGAUUUUGGUUUUCAACCAGAUACUUCACCAACAAUCAACGUGCCACAGUGCGGCGUCAACGUUGUUCUCUACUUUAUCUAUCGCUCGAUCGUCUUCCUCUAUUUCAUGACGUAUAUGAUCUUUGAUCUGGUGACAACAAUUAAUGGCUUUGAUGGGGUUCGAACCUUUAUCUUUCUAACUACCUGGGUGUACCUGAUAUUCAACCUCUAUGUCUUGGUUGCGUUCAUCAAUACAUUAGUAGAUGUGUAUUUGUUCUUCAAAAACAGAGGUGAUUUAGUAGAAGUUACACCAACUCGUCUCAAGUUCCAGUGGUUUAUAUUCAACCUGGUCCUGAAUGGUUCUAUAGUGAUAACCUUCGCCUUCUGGAUCCUCUACUACACCACACCUUCCAUCCAGAUACUCUUCGCUAACAUGGUGAGGAAUAUUAAUCUUCAUCUCUUACCAGCUAUCUUCGCUCUAGUAGACCUCCUCACAACAUCUGUUCCUAUCCGCUUUGUUCAUGCUAUAUACCCGAUCUGCCUUGGUUUGGUUUACGUCUUGUUCGCUGUGCUCUACUGGAAGGCAGGCGGUACCAACCCAUGGGGUCUACCUUUCAUCUAUCCUUCACUUGAUUUUGGCGAUGAUCCUAGCCAGGCUUGGAUCUUUGUCGUUGAAGUGAUAGGAGCUUCCAUAGUGUGCCAAGCAGCAGUCAAAGGGCUAUAUCUUCUUCGGGAAUGGACAACACAUCAAGUCAAUCCAUCUUAUACAGCUUUAGAUGGAACCAACACAGAAAAUGGUGCAACCACGGGAUCUCAUAUGGAGCUUUCUGAUAGGUAACAUGUUAUAUAACCAUGAUCAGUGGUAAUCUUGCCGAUCGACAGAAGAAUCAGGCGAGAAUUGUAAAAAGUUAUAUUGGUAUGUGGUAUAAAUAUAGUUGUUCAUCUUUGAUUUCGGUUGUGUGGCCCUCAUCUAGUCGUAGCAGUAUUUCAAUCCGAAGCAUCAACUUGACUUCACAUCCUAUCGUAAGAUUCUGGAUUCUGCGUGAUCCUACCCCAAUUACAUGGUCAGGACCGACAAUUAUAGAUCAACUCGCAGUGUCAAUAUUCACUUUGUCGAGAACCGAAUCACCCCCGAACCGUCCUCGGAGAGAACUCAGCCGACUUCUGUCAAGCCCCUGACAACUUUCGGGAUAAUUAAACAACAACAAAAAUCAUUAAAAGAUUAACGACAAACAGAUAACAGUAAAACCAAAAUUACAUCAUCCCGGAUUUUUUUUUUUUGGGGGGGGGGGAUUUGUUAUGUUCAUCCAAUAGUCUGUAAUUAUACGCUAGUUUAUGUCAAAUAAUGUUAUUUCCUUACUACAAUAAAAGACCGAAAUUAUUUAACAAUUAUAAUUGUGUUCAUAAGUUUAUAUCAUUUAUAUUACAUCUGAUUUAGUCAUCAUUGUAUACGACAUGUAUUUCUGUUAAUUCAUGCAUAAUUAAAUCUUAAGAUUAAUCAUGUAAUUUAUUAUAUAAUUGAUUGUUGUAAAGCGCAUAGAGAGCUUAUUAUUAUGCGCUAUAUAAAAAUGACUUUAUUAUUAUUAUUAUUAUUACGCCAAUCUUUUUUAUUUAGGGUUGAUUUGACGAAUAUUAAAGAAAGUCGGGUUAUUAUGCACACGAUUACAACGUGAAUUUAAAUACUUGUGUUAAGUUUAUUCUUCUUGAUUUCGAUUCUUUGUGGAUUAAUUGCAAUUUAAACUUUGUAGGACCUUUCUCUCUAUUGCAUUAAUGCAAUAUUCUUCCUUUAUCAUGAGUUCUUGAUUAUUCUCUUUGCUGAUACUAAUCAUAUUGAAGAAACUGAUUUUGAUACAGAAGCCUAGCUAUCAGAUUAUUUGUCACCAAUAGACCGGUUUUCUAACAUAUUCAAAAUGUAUAUUCAAAAUUUGAUACAAAUGUUGUUCUUGACAACCCGAAAAGGUUGCCAGAUGCUUGCCCGACAAAGCAUCAACUAAUUUAUGCAGACUGGACUACCAGUUUUGUAGUUCAUUCAUGAAUAACAGGUUAAUGGAAUAACUCGUUACUAGGAAGGAAACAUCCAUAAAUGUGAAUAUGUUAGUAAACCGGUAUAUUAAUGCAGACCUUCUUGCCUAUUGAAAUAUAGAGAAACGUCAGCGUCAAAUAAAGUAGGAUCCAAAUGGUAAUGCAUCAAUGGGCUAUUUUCGUAAUGUAACCAAAUGUAAUGCGUUGACAUACCUAGCAACAUCUAAUAUAUGCAGUAAACAUUCUGCAUAUUGAAAUACUAUUAUUCUUAUCAGGUGAAUGAAUUAAUUAGUAUUGAGGUACUUCACAAAGACUUAUAUUUUAAAUUUGGUUACAUAACGAAAAUGGCCUAUUCACUCUAGUCUAGAGACAUAUACAGUGCAUAUUUAAAAACAACCUAUACCUAAAUUUGGUAACUUAUGAUUAAAAGGCCAUAAUCUAUGUGACCUUGAAAUC